UAUAUCAAGGACCAGGUCAUAACAGAUGAACAAGCCUGUUGCUUUGUGUGCUCCCAUUUCAGGGUGAGCGCAGGCUGCCCCCGUGACAUCCGCCUCAGCACGUGUGACCUUGACGGGGAUCGAGUAAGAUGCCGAUAUGCACAGGAGACAGCUGGGGAGUGCCAUGGAAACUGCCCACAGCAUGACUUCCUUCAACUGGACGAGGAGUCUUGCACUCUGAGGUACAGAGGGGGGGCACCUGGGGGGCAGUACCAUGUGAAGCUGAUGGUGGAGGACUUCCCACUCCCCAUACCAGAUAUCCAAAUGGACCUGCAGCAAGCAUUGAGUUCAAGUCCAGUCUACCUAUCUAUUACAGUGGAGGCUGGAGUGUCUGACUGCCCAGCACUACCUGUAUUUGUUGAUAAAACCCCAGUGGACAACACACUGCUUCCUAUCCUGCCGUAUGAAGAGGUCAAAUUCAAUAUAACCACUUACUCGGAGACAGAAACUGUGUUAGAAAUGGCGGUGGCUGGUCCUCCAGGCCUGUAUGUAUCACAACUUAAAGACGAAGAGGAGUCGAAGAAAUCAGUUGCUCUGUCGUGGGUGAGGGACACCAAUCAGCUUAGUCGGUUGCUGUCCAUCUGUUUCACAAUGAAUACCAACAGCUUGCAGUCCGAGAUACGGUGUGUUUGGCUCAACCAAAAGCCAAUGCAUGUCCUGCCUGCUGGAACAGUGCUGAACUGUAACAACACCACCAUGUCGCUGGUGCUUCCCAUCUCCUCCAUGCCCGACCUGCCAUUGGACGAUCUCAAACUCAAUGAUCCCGCUUGCCCUGUGCUGCACAACACCACUCACGUGACUGCAGUCUUCUCGCUGCUGGGCUGUGGCACCAAGACAGUGCAUGCCGGCUCAGAUUUGGUGUACACAAACACACUGCAGAGCACCAGUGGCAUCUCCUCCCUCAUCACCCGACAGGCCAGGCUGGUCCUUCCUCUGGCUUGCCGCAUCCAGCCACAGCAGGCUACGGGACCGCGCUACAAGAUUGCCAUGCCCAAGGAGGAGACGGUGUUCGGGACCUUCGACUUCUGGGUGGAGUUCUAUCGGCCGGGCGAAGGCCCCCUGGGCAACAUGACCCGCAGCGCAAAGUUCAGGCGGAGCCUCAGACAGUUCAGGGGGAUGACGAGGGCCGGUCGCAUGGAGACACUGGACAUGUACGUGUUCUCCAACAGCUCGGCGGCACGUGCCCAGCUGAUGGUGGGGAAAUGCAUGGAGUCGGAGAAAGAGGAUUUCUCUAAUGCCUCUCCUCUCAUCGACAGUGGGUGUUCACGUAACAGCAGAGGCCUGAACAUGAUUGUGGAAACGCCCCUAAUUAAGGUGUACCGGAUGGACUUAUCUAAACUCCCUUCAGACGACAACAUGAUGUAUGUGGAGUGUUCAGUAAGCCUGUGUGUGACCACGCAGGCCUCUGAGAAGUGUCCGGGGCCUUGUGAUCCGCCCAAUCCAAACGCAAACCUGUUGGUGCCCAACUUCCUAUCCAGUAACUACACGGUGCGCUCUGGACCUAUCUCCCUCCUGGAGUCUCCAGAGCCAGUAGCAGCAACAGCUGCCACAGCAACAACAGUAACAACAACAACGACAACAACAACCACAGCAACCACGACCACCCCGACAACCCCUGCUACCACCACCCCUACCCUUACGACACAGGCCACUAAUAACACUGCCAUAAGCUCAGCCUCACACAGAAGAUGCAGCCUGGCUUUGAUACUGACUACAGCCCUCAUACACACACUACGCCUCCGCAUUCCGCACUGAGGAAACAAGAACCAUCGGGUCUUAUACCAGUCAUAAACAUCAUGGACAUAUUUGGAUGAAAAAUCUUCUCUGGCCAGACCAGAUCAAUAUUCAUUAAAAAGAGCUCAUUUGCAAUUUGUGGAAAUAAAUGACUAAAUUACACACUGGACUGACUAGAGCAGUUGUUCCCAACCUUUUUCUUUAGGGACCCCUUUUUAUUAACCAUUUACAAGCUUUGAUGACCCGAUUUUUGUC